CCAAUUCACUAGCUCUUCAUCUUCACUUGCCUUCUCUCUCUCUUCUCAAGUUUCUCUCCAAAUAACUUUGUAAUAUGAAGAAGGGUAGUUCUUUAUUCGCAAUAUUCUUGGUCGCGACAGUUGUCAUUUGUCUUGGCGAGUUAUUGAUGGCAGAGGCAGUGACAUGCAGUGUCACGGAGCUGGCUUCGUGUGCCGCGGCUAUCAUUUCGUCAGAGCCACCUUCUUCGACGUGUUGCGCUAAGUUGAAAGAGCAAAAGCCUUGCCUUUGUGGGUACUUCAAGGAUCCUAGUUUGGGCCCAUAUAUCAAAUCUCCUAAUGCCAAGAAAGUUGCUAAAACUUGUGGAGUACCCACUCCGAAAUGUUAGAAACUUAAUAAGUUGGUGAAAAUGUAUCUUUGAACGAUCUAGAUGUCGUCAUUUAUAUGUUCCUCAUAUUAUGUAAGCAAUCUUCGCAUAUUUAAGCCUUUUAUGGUAUUGUAUACCUAAAUAAAUGGCUCUAAUGUUA